AUGGACAACAUGGAAAUUCCCGAAUUAAGUAAGGAAGCGAAACGGCUCGGGCUCAGAAGCUAUUCGAGACUGAGAAAGCAGGAGUUGAUUGAGAAGAUACAGCGGGACUGGCUGCUGAAAAGCGAACGGCUUCCGAUAUUCUUGAUGAAGAAAUUCCGAUGGACUUCGAUAAACCAGUUCUCAACCCCUAAAAAAUACGUAAGGGUUCCGGAAAUCCAAAUAACAGAUACCGAAAAAGAAAAACAAGAAAAGGAAAGCAGAGAAAUCGAGGAGAUGCUUGGAUUGAGGGGCGGAGCACGGGAUCACAGCCCCGCCGGAGGCCGUUUACCAAAAAUAAAAAUACCAAAUCCCGAGGAAGCCGAGCGCGAAAGAAAAAUCAAAGAGAUAAACAGAAACCGCCCCAGAUUUCAAAUGGUGGAAACAGCCAGCGUAUUGGGAGGUACGAGGAGACAAUUUACAAUUACAAGCAAAGAACAAGGUUUUGGUCCCAGGGAUUUUAUGCAAAGAGCGAAACCGUUAGUCUUGAGGUUGAUGAGAGAAAAUCGCCAGAAAACGAUUAAUUUGAUUUUGAAUUGUGAAAUGAUUAGGCAAAACUUAAUCAACGGAAACAACGAGAGAAUUAUGGCACAUUCUCAUACCAGGACGACCGUGUAUUCCCACUUACCACAGUUGAGCCAAAAAAAUGUGAAUUGAAGCGAGAGAAUUGGCGAGGCGGAAAAUAUAAAAUUGAUAUUUUAAAAAAAAAGCUUAAAGAAAUCAUAACAUAUAUCAAAAUGAGAAUUAAUUCAGCAGCGCAAAACAAAAACAAACAAUCACAAGGUUAUAAAGUUAAUGGCCUUAUGUUUCCUUCAACAGAAAAUUUUUGCAAGUUAAUGACUAUUGAUUACAAUUUUGAAUCAAUUGUUGAAAAUGCAUCGAGUGAUUAUUUUGACAACAUACCAAAAAUAAAAGUAAUUGAAACGUAUCCAGAUGCUUGUGAAGAGCUUGAUGGAUUGUUUAGAAAUGCAACAGGAUGUUUGAUGUAUGAAGAUGAAGAAACUUCAGAUUAUCAUAUAAAAUUUUACAAAGCCGUACAAAAGAUUUUAAUAGAAUAAAAAUUGUUCAAUGUUAGUCUUAUAUUAAUGUUUGAUAUAAGACUUUCUUUAUUGCCGCUUGAAAAUAUGAGUCAGAAAAAAUAAAAUAAAAUUUAAAAGAUUGUUAUCUAAUCAUCGAGUAAGAUGCCCGUUGAUUUACACAAUCUAGCAAUUGAAGAUUUAAAAAAGAUUAAAAAAGAUAGACCAAAAAACUCAAGAGAGAGUUUGCGCAAUACAAACAACAUCAAGAAAAACAAAAGCUUAUUGCUGAUACAUUGAAGAUAGAAAAUCAAAGAGAUAAUAUUUUUAAAGCAAUAACUAAACCAACAAAACCCCGUGUUAAAACAUUUGAUGAGUAUUUUCAGGAAUGUAUUAGAAACAAAGCAGUUCCUGCUGAUACUCCUCCCUAUCUGAAAAAAGCUCUUGAGCGAGCUCUUAAAGAAUAUCAACAAGGAAUCACUAAAGAGAAAUCAGCUCUUGAAGAUUUUGCUUAAAAAUAUACUAUCGAUGGAGAACCAGGAGUUAUGCCUAUUCAAUGAUUUCAAAGAUAAAGCCCCUCAGAUUUAAGACUUUUUCCGAAGUCAUCGCAAUAUUAAAGUUCGGUUUGUACUAGUUUGUCUCAUGGAGAAACAACAAAUUGAUGAAAGAAAAAAAACCAUUAUUACACAGGAUAAAGCUUAUUUUCAAUGAAAGAAAUAUAGUGAUCUUGAAGCAACAGAUGUGAAAGAAAUACUUUCAAAAAUGAUUUACGAGAUUCUCAAUAAAACUGCUACUUAUCAGCGAAACGGUAGCGCUUGGUAUUUUAAAGAAGUACUCAAGCCUGAAAUUCACACUGUCGAUUACAAACCAAUGAGAGGGUUUUCUUACAUUCCACUUCCGGAUUUUAUUCUAAGAAAAAAGGCGAUUGUUAACAUUCAAAACAAAGACCAAAAAUGUUUUCUUUGGUCAGUUCUUAGAUACCUUCAUCCAAUGGAUAAAAAUGAAAUUCGACUAAAAGAUUUGAGACAAUAUGAAAAUGAAUUGAAUAUGAAAGAUAUUGAUUUUCCAGUCAAAUUAAAAGACAUCAGCAAGUUUCAAAAUCAAAACCCAUCACAUCCAGGAAUUGAUGUCUUUUCAAUAAAUGAAAACAACAAGUUUUACCCCUUGAGAAUAAAUAAAAAAGAUUGUCAAAAAUCAAUUGACCUGUUUCUUUUUGAAAAGGAUGGAAAAUCUCAUUAGUUACAGUCUGUAGUUAUUUAUAACAACACUUUUUCAUGAUUGUUAAGUCUCAAAUAACUUCAAGA